GUUAUCGUUCAUGUUGCUUCAUCCCGCGAGGCUUGAAAACGUCGUGCACCGCAAGGGUCAUAUUAAAAGCGAACGAUUUGGGUCGCUUUGGUUCUCGAACUGUAAUGGUAGUCGUGUGUUAGGUGUAGUGCAUUGUAUGGUGUCUGAAAGCAUGCCAGAUAAGAUUACAAACCACCAGCUGGGUAUCAGCCUAGCUGUAUGUGCAGGGGCAAUGGCAGCCAUGGCGUCGGUGUCAGCCAAGCUGGCCAUGACAGAGGACACUGUGCAUGCCAUCUGUAGCGGCAUUCUGGCUGGGACCCAGCUUAUGGCUCUAUGUGAUACAUUGCUGUAUGUCCUGCGGGCAGGGUGCUUUGCCAGUAUUUUCAUCUUCAACUCGCUCAUGUGGACGUUGUUCACUAAGUCUCUGCAACACUGUUCCUCCACCAUAGAGGCCACCAUCACCAACACAGGGGCAAACUUCCUCAUCACGGCACUGCUGGGGGUACAGUAUGUCCUGAUGAAGACAUGUGUGUGUUUCAGGCACUACUGGGGGUGCUACUGUUUGGAGAGCGUCUCUCCCUGCUGUGGUGGCUGGGAUCCUGUCUCAUUCUGGCUGGACUUCUCCUCAUACACAAAGGCAACAAGGAAACUGAAGAAACUAGUGAUAAAGCAGACUGAGAUGUCAACUCUCUUCAUUUGAAAAACUGUCUGUGAUAAGGGGAAAGCGCGAAUGAAACAUUAGUUGGAUGGAUGUAAAUUGACUGUUACUACCUUAAGAUGUCAGAAGUGCAUGGAGUAUCCAAGUAACUGUUCAUGUCAUGUUUUAAUGGCUUGCUUUUGCAUGUAGCAAGCUGUUGUUGAUAGUUGGAGAAUUAGUUGAUAGUUUUGAGUUUUUAACUUAUUCAGUCUGGUUUAACUGCUGUGUCUUCACAUGCAAACAUUACACAGUGUGACAAAUAAUAAACUGUAGCAACUAUCGGGUACCACAUUGUGCUUCUAGGAAUAUGUCCUUUUGUGUGAUUUAAUUUUCAAACUUGAUAUGUAUUUAAUAUUAAUUCUAGGUCAUUAUAUUAUCAUAAAAAAAAGCUUAGAGCAAAUAGUUGUUUGCAACGAAAGAAUGGUGAGUUAUUCUUAUUAUCUUUGUUUUGAAUAUUAAAGUUAAAAAUCUAAAAUCUCCUCAGGUUAUCAAAGUAACUUAAGUCUAACUGUAUUAACAACAAUGUAUGCACCUCUUUGUUCCGAGAUAUUGUUCUGAUGAUCUAGAUACUUGUUCAUGUAUAUACUAAACUUGGAACAAUAAUCAGUGUUGAAGUCACACAACAUCCAUAUUUUAAUUCCGCAUUAGAUUGGUUUUGCCUGCAUGUAUUAGUUAAAGGAAUUGCAUCCAUAAAAUAUGACAAUGGCCUGGUCUACUGACUCCUGUUUCCAAUAGAGUAUCUGGAACUAAAUGUCCCUGACACAUGUUCUAAACAGGACUCUAUAAAGUGCCAUGAUUUGAAGUUACUUGUUGGGUUGCAGUUGGUCUGUCUGAGACAUGGAACAUUUUCUUUUAGGUUCUGAAGUCUGUUAACUGUCAUGACUGCUUUGAACCCUUUGUUUCCAAUAAAGAUGUUUUCAUUCCAAUACA